AAAAAAACAGCUGAUAACUGCCAUUUGGUAAUUGCGCGUGUUGUCUUCGCAUUUAAUCACUUUUUGCUUAAUUUUUGGAAGUAAACACCGUGUUUUCUUUAAAAUAAAACAUACAAAAUGACUUCACUGCUGUUAAAACAAACUAAACUAGGUUUUAUGAGACCAAUGGUCAGCAAUAUUUUGCGUUGUACCGAAAGCCGGCUUUAUGCUAGCAAUAAUGGACCACCAGCACGUACCGAAAAAACCGUCAACACAGUUACUUUGUUGGGGCGUGUAGGAGCCGAUCCGCAAUUACGUGGUAAUACUGAACAUCCAGUAGUAACAUUUUCUUUAGCAACACAUACAAAUUACAAAUAUGAAAAUGGUGAUUGGGCCCAACGCACUGACUGGCAUCGUGUGGUUGUCUUCAAGCCCAAUUUGCGUGAUACCGUUAUGGAAUUCUUGAAGAAGGGCCAACGUACCAUGGUCCAGGGUAAAGUUACCUAUGGUGAGAUAACCGAUCAACAGGGUAAUCAAAAACCCAGUACUAGCAUCAUAGCCGAUGAUAUUAUUUUCUUCCGUGAAUCAUCUUAGAUUUGUCUAUGCAUUUGGUUAUUGUUAAACUCUAAUCUUUAAGUUAAAAAUGUUAUUUUUUGCUCAUAUAUACUUGUAAUACAUACAAUGUCAUAAUUUCAUUUCAUUAAAAAACGUACUCCAUCAAAAACAUUUACUUUACAUAUUAAAUAUGUAUAAAAUAAGAAACAAAUAUUACUAAUGGAAAAUAAAAAAGGUUUUAU